UGUUAUAAAAUAAAUAAAAAAUAUUCUUAAAUGUCUAUUAAACUACCCUUAAGCAAUUAGCAUGAAGCUAGGGAAAGGUGUAGGGGGUCAUAGCCUGUUCCUUAAUCUUGUGAUAGACACUCAUUCAUAACAGUUUAAAAGUCCUCAAAAUAUAAUUGUCAUAAAUAACUAACAUCAAUUCCAUUGUAUUUCUUUUCAACAGAUGAAUUUACAAAUUGCAGUAAUCAUAGUCCUAGCCAUGGUGAAAAUACAGAUACUUGUUUCAAUCUUCAAAAUCAAAGAAGAAAUAUGGAAAAUUUAUGUUCUGAAUAUGGGAAAUGUUUUACGAGAAAAGCAAAUGUUUUAAGACAUCAGAAAAUUCGAACAGGAGAGAAAGCAUUUUCUUGUUCUGAAUGUGAGAAGUGGUUUACUGUGAAAUCAAAUUUUAUUAGACAUCAGAAAAUUCAUACAGGAGAGGAAGCAUUUUCAUGUUCUGAAUGUGGGAAAUGUUUUACUGAAAAAUCCCAUCUUAUUACACAUCAGAAAAUUCAUACAGGAGAGAAAGCAUUUUCAUGUUCUGAAUGUGGGAAAUGUUUUACUAAAAAAUCAACUCUUAUUACACAUCAGAAAAUUCAUACAGGAGAGAAAGCAUUUUCAUGUUCUGAAUGUGGGAAAUGUUUUACUAAAAAAUCAUCUCUUAUUAGACAUCAGAAAAUUCAUACAGGAGAGAUAGCAUUUUCAUGUUCUGAAUGUGGGAAAUGUUUUAUUGAAAAAUCAACUCUUAUUACACAUCAGAAAAUUCAUACAGGAGAGAAAGCAUUUUCAUGUUCUGAAUGUGGGAAAUGUUUUGCUCUGAAAUCAACUCUUAUUAGACAUCAGAAAAUUCAUACAGGAGAGAAAGCAUUUUCAUGUUCUGAAUGUGGGAAAUGUUUUACUGUAAAAUCAGGUCUUAUUACACAUCAGAAAAUUCAUACAGGAGAGAAAGCAUUUUCAUGUUCUGAAUGUGGGAAAUGUUUUGCUCUGAAAUCAACUCUUAUUAGACAUCAGAAAAUUCAUAGAGGAGAGAAAGCAUUUUCAUGUUCUGAAUGUGGGAAAUGUUUUACUGUAAAAUCAGGUCUUAUUACACAUCAGAAAAUUCAUACAGGAGAGAAAGCAUUUUCAUGUUCUGAAUGUGGGAAAUGUUUUACUGAAAAAUCAACUCUUAUUACACAUCAGAAAAUUCAUACAGGAGAGAAAGCAUUUUUAUGUUCUGAAUGUGGGAAAUGUUUUACUGAAAAAUCAACUCUUAUUAAACAUCAGAAAAUUCAUACAGGAGAGAAAGCAUUUUCAUGUUUUCAAUGUGGGAAAUGUUUUAGUAAGAAAUCAAAUCUUCUUGGACAUCAGAAAAUUCAUACAGGAGUGAAACCAUUUUCAUGUUUGCAAUGUGGGAAAUGUUUUAGUCAGAAAUCAAAUCUUCUUAGACAUCAGAAAAUUCAUACAUGAGAGAAAGCAUUUGCAUGUGUUGAAUGUGGGGUACGUUUUACUCUAAAAUCACAUUUUACUACACAUCAGAAAAUUCAUACAGGAGAGAAAGCAUUUUCAUGUUCUGAAUGUGAGAAGUGUUUUACUGACAAAUCAACUCUUAUUAAACAUCAGAUAAUUCAUACAGGAGAGAAAGAUUUUUCAUGUCUUGAAUGUGGGGAAUGUUUUAAUCGGAAAUCACAUCUUAUUGGCCAUCUGAAAAUUCAUACAGGAGAGAAAGCAUUUUCAUGUUCUGAUGUGAGAAGUGUUUUAUUGAGAAAUCAACUCUUAUUAGACAUCAGAAAAUUCAUACAAGAAAGAAAGCAAUUUGCAUGUUCUGAAUGUGGGAAAAGUUUUAGUCAGAAAUUGCAUCUUAUUGGCCAUAAAAAAAUUCAUACAGGAGAGAAUGCAUUUCUUUCAUGCAGGUAGUGAAAAUCCACGAUCCAUUACUCAUGGGAAUUACUCUCCUCUACCACUAGGGGUAGGCAAAGAUUCCCAAACCCCAAGAGCCCUAUAAAAACCCUCCAACCUCACACAUACCUUCGUCUUUACCUCUGAUGGAGGUGGUUUAAGAAUAAAGAUGUGCAUUUGAUGCUUUAGAAAAAGGGGUUUUCAGUCUAUAUUCAGGUCCGGUUUCCGCACAGAUUACAGUGCUUGUCAGAGGGAUGUAUAUGGGGAUGUAUGGUUUGUGAUUCUUUUUUCACCACAUAGGAAUUUUUUUUGUGGCAGGGGCUUGUAUUUCUCUUUCCUUUGUGGAUCUGCAAUAUACUACUAUUUUAUAA